AUGUCGGGGGAAACCUCUCCGCAAUUUGUGACUUCUGACGAUGAAGCUGAGUCGCAUAAGCGAAAACUGGAAGAUGCCCCGACUACUCAGAAUCCUGAAGCUAAACAGAUAACGCCCCCAAAAGAAAAUGUUCAAGAUGGACCCAAAAAGACUAAACACGUCGCCAAGAGACCUCGUUUACCCCCCGGUUUUAGUCUCGUUUCGUAUGAAGAUGAUAGAAACGAUGACGAUGAUGAAGAAGCUGGUAGCGCAGACGAAGAACAGGAGAGCGGUAAUGCAGGCACCGACCACUCCACUAGGCAAAGUAACCAUUCUAAGGGACAUAGGACAUCCAGUGAUGAAGAGGAAGAUGCUUCCAACGUCCAGUUUAUCAUUACCGACGGUCCUUUGACUGUUCUCAGUUCCGAGCAUAAGCUCUCGGACUUCCAGGCACUAAAAGAGACUGCCCAC